CAGAGAAGCUGCCUUGAGCUCCUAUGAGACAAUAAAAUCAAUAGUAUGAUCAGUCUGUAUAUUACCCUUAUGUUCUUCUGUGAAGUAGAUAUUUCUCAAGCAAAUAUGGUCUUUCAGCCCCAUCGUACAGCAUUAGUGCAGCUUGGAGACAAAGUCACUAUGGAGUGCUAUUUCAACACUGGCAUAGUAGCUCAGAUGUUUUGGUUCAAGAAACCCAUUGGAGAGUCACCUAUAUGCAUGGCUACAUCUACAUCUAAUCUCAAGGGGAUAAUCUCUUACGGAGAGUUUAAAAAUAAUGAAAGAGUAAAGGUGACAAAGGAUAAAGGAAGAUUUACUCUCAUUUUCAUCAGCACUGAAUCAGCAGAUAUGGCUACAUACUUCUGUGCAGCUUACCACCAUAAUUACAUGAGCUUUGGGAAUGGGACCCUACUGAUUCCCAAGGGGUUAGAGACAAUGAACAGGAGUGUUGUGCAGCAGCCUAUGUCUGUCCAGGCCAAGCUAGGAGAUGAUGUAACUCUGCAGUGUACAAUACAAACAGAGACCUGUGCAGGAGAGCACAGUGUUUAUUGGUUCAGACAUGGAUCAGGAGAAUCCCUUCCAGGAAUUAUUUACACUCAUGUAGACAGGAGUGAUCAAUGUGAGAGGAACUUUGAGGCUGGGAGUCCUAUACAGAGCUGUGUCUAUAACCUCCCCAAGGGGGAUCUUAACCACUCUGAUGCAGGGACUUACUACUGUGCUGUGGCCAUAUGUGGGGAGAUCUUGUUUGGGAAUGGGACACUGCUGGAGAUUACAGAUAAAAGUAAUCUUGAUACUGCUAUCCUGGCCCUGGGAGUAACAAACACUGUGUGCGUGAUUGUGAUUGCUGUCCUUGUGUGGACCAGAAAUAUACACUGUGUAGCUUGCUCCUCAGAAAAUUCACAAAUCUGCCACAGUAAUGAAACCAAUAACUCUACAAACAAUCAGAAUCUAGAUAUGGAUAUGAUGAAUUAUGCAGCCCUGAAGUUUUCUCACAACAAAACCAGGAGGAAGAGUAGUGAGAUGGACACACAGGUUGUGUAUGCUGAUGUGAGACAUCAACAAAUGAACUGAAUCAACACACUUGAUCAAAAAAUCAAGACCCUUGCCUACAAAAACUAUAAUUUAAUGGAAUAUCAGAUGGCUGUUGGAAAUAAAAAACAGUGUUCUUUCAAAUAAGAAUAAGAGUAAUUAUUUAACUUGUACAUCAAGUUGUGAGAGUCCUGAUUAUUAUGUUUUUCAAAGUCAAAUGACAGUUAAAAAUAAUUUAAUGUCACUUAUUAUGUGCUUUGCUAUGUUUUACUUUUAAAUAUACAAUACUGUAUGCAAAGCAAAAUGUCAUUUUCCUUUAAACUGUAGUCGCAUUAGUAAUUUAGAUGGACAUACAAAAAAUAAUGAAAUAAAACAAUAAA